GUUUAGACAGCAUUUGUCACCACAAAACACACUGUUUCCCAGAAAUUGCUGUCAAUUAAUAAUACAGUAACAGUCAUACAAUAGCCAUAAUAAUAGUAAUGUUGAUAUAUUGGUGUUUAUUGAUUAUGGGAGCAGUGGUGUCGCGAUCAGGUGGUGAUGCGUGUGUGGACUCACGAGGAAUACUUCCACUAGUGAUCAAUACGUGGAACUUCUCCAAUGCGACGCUCAAUGCGUGGACGACACUGUCAAGCGGGGGGUCGGCGGUGGACGCCAUCGUGAGUGGCUGUUCCACAUGUGAGAGGGAACAGUGCGACCACACCGUCGGGUGGGGCGGCAGUCCCGACGAAAACGGCGAAUCCACUCUCGACGCUAUGAUUAUGGAUGGGCCGAGCCAUAAGGUGGGAGCCGUGGCUGGUAUGAGACGAGUAAAGGACGCGAUUAGUGUCGCCCGAAAAGUGCUGGACAACACACAACACAGUCUAUUAGUGGGAGACUUUGCCACAGAAUUUGCUGUUCAGAUGGGUUUCAAAGAGGAGAACAUAUCCAGUGAUUGGUCUCUGAAGACAUGGGAGGACUGGAAGGCCAAUAAAUGUCAGCCAAACUAUUGGCAAAAUGUUGAGCCCAACCCCAGGGAGAACUGCGGGCCUUACAAACCGGUUAAAAGGGAUGCAAAGAAUGAGAAUAUUAACAGAAAUUUAGUGAAUUAUGAAAAUCAUGACACCAUUGGAAUGGUAGCCAUCGACAGGAACGGGAGUUUAGCGGUCGGCACGUCUACUAAUGGCCUGCGACACAAAAUUCCCGGUCGAGUGGGUGACAGUCCUAUCCCUGGUUCGGGUGCUUAUGUAGACCAAGACGUUGGAGGCGCCGCUGCCACUGGAGACGGAGAUAUUAUAAUGAGAUUUCUUCCGAGCUAUCAGGCCGUCGAGAAUAUGAGGCAAGGGAUGAGCCCAAAGACAGCGGCCAACGAAGCGAUUGCACGCAUUGUCAAGAAAUAUCCCAAAGCUAUGGCUGCUAUUGUCGCGGCAGAUAAUGCCGGCAGAUAUGGCGCCGCCUGUAUUAACAUAGAGGGAGGCUUUCCUUACUCUGUUGUGAACCCAAAGCUCGGAAAUGUUACGGCAGAACGAGUCGAUUGUCUAAAACCUUGA